GACAGUUGUUCCAAAUGUCGGCUCAAGUCAUGCACAAUCGAGUGAUGGGUACCGUGAAAGACAGCGCCAGCAAGCUUGUCGACUUCCUCAUGCGUCAUCAUGGACAAACUGUGCUUCUUACUGGUGCUGGAGUUUCCACUGACUCAGGAAUACCAGAUUACAGAGGCCCACAGGGAAUCUACUCCCGUAACAAAGACUUCAAACCCAUCCAAUACCAGCAGUUUGUUGGUCCUCACGAGUUUCGUCAGCGAUAUUGGGCUCGAAGUUUCCUCGGUUGGCCCAAAGUAAGUCAAGCUCAACCCAACGCAUCCCAUCAUGCUAUUGCUGCCCUAGAAUCUAGAUCUCACAUUGCCGGAUGCAUUACACAAAAUGUGGACGGCUUACAUCGACGAGCAGUUGUAAUCGAAAACCCAAAUUUGUUGGAAAUUCAUGGAACGCUGCAUUGGGUAAACUGCAUCUCGUGUGGAUAUAAACUGCAGCGGAGUGCAAUGCAGGAACAGCUUCAAAAAAUAAACCCGAUUGUGUAUGAAUGGCAGCGACUCAAUCCGGAGAAAUCAAAUGCUGAUGUGGCCUCUAGCUUAAAUCCCGAUGGAGACGUAGAGAUUAAAUGGGACUACAAUCAUUUUAAAUACCCGCAUUGUCCAGAAUGUAACGGCUUAUUAAAACCAAAUGUUGUGUUUUUUGGAGAAAACAUGCCCAUGACCGUUCGAGAUACAUCCUUCAAGAUGAUUGAUGAUGCCAAGGCGUUGUUGGUUGUUGGGAGUUCGUUGCAGGUUUAUUCUGCACUACGGCUGGUAAAACGAGCAGCAUCUACAGGAAAACCUAUUGCUAUUUUAAAUCUAGGUUUUACUCGUGGUGAUGAACUGGCACAAAUUCGGAUUAAUUUAGGAUCGUCGGCAGUUUUGGAAGAGCUAGCUAGCACAAUCCGAUGA